UUUCAAUAUUCAUAUGUGGUCGGAGUCGGACUACCCAGUAGUCCGGGAGAACCAUCCGUUGAGAGGGUCAAUUUUUCAUUAUUUGAAUGUUGACACGUCGUUCACCCAAGCCUGUGACUCGCCACGAACUCCGCACCACUGUUGCAGGGUUAGACAUGCAAGACUGCGAUGAUACGUGUCCACUUUUAACCCUUCUCUAGAUCUCUUCAAAGCUCUCUCUCUCUCAUCCUCUCCCUUCCCGUUUGCAGUUCCAACAAUAACAGUAGUCAGUGCUCUCUCGGAAUUUACAAUUUCUGUGUAUCAGCCUCUGCUUGUUCUAUUCUCAGAUAAUAUCUAUUCUUGCUUGUAUACAUAGAAGAUGAGUAUUAAUUUGGAAACUCGAUCCCUCUUCGAUGAGAUCCGAGGCUUCCACAAGGAGUGCUUGUUCGAUCUUGGCCAUCCUCUUCUCAACCGUAUCGCAGAGAGCUUUGUUAAGGCGGCUGGGAUAGGAGCAGUUCAGGCGGUCUCUAGGGAGGUGUAUUUCAUCGCUAUUGAAGGAGCAGGGACAGAUUCUAAUGGUGCUCCGGUUAUCACAGGGAGCAAGAAACAACGGUUGCCAGAGCUCAAAGGAGAAACCAAUAGAAAAUCUCUGGAAGCAAUGGUGAAAAGCACAGGCAAAGAGUGUCUCCAAUGGGGACUAGCUGCUGGGAUGUAUUCAGGCCUCACAUACGGUCUAAAGGAAGCUCGAGGAGCUCAUGAUUGGAAAAACAGUGCAGUUGCAGGUGCAAUUACGGGAGCUUCGUUGGCACUUACUUCGGAAGACAUUUCCCAUGAGCAGAUCGUUCAAUGCGCUAUUACUGGAGCGGCCCUGUCCACAGCAGCCAAUCUUCUUACCGGAAUAUUCUAGCCUGCAUCCUAUUCCAUCUACAAUUGUCAAUUAUAUUUGCAAUGCUAUUCAUAGCUACGGCUUGUUUAAGGAUUCCUGUAGCCCCACCCCAAUUGGUUGGGAUGGCUGAGCUGAGUUGUUUUUUUGAAGGAAGAUGGUCUCCAAAAGAAGGUCUCACCCUCACCCAUCUAAUCUAAAUUUCAUCAAACAAUCAUAGUCUUCCUGUUUAGCUGGACGAAUGGAUGCCUGAUUGUCUGCUUCAACUUUCUGUGACUAUACAAGAAAAAAAGAGGGAAAAAAAAGAAGAAAGCUUUCUAUGACUUCAGGCCAUCCACCAUCAAAUACAUAUAAAAUGGAGAGAAUAUAGAACUGUUUUCAGGAAAAUUAAUAUUUAUAUUAGAUACAAAUAUACAAUGAGCAAGGCAGCUAAGAAUUAAGAGGAAAUGAUUAGUAAAAUCCAGUCCAGAGACAGAUUUAGGUAUACGUACAGUGGGAAUAUCUAUUUUAUUCUUACUCAAUCCGAUUUAUGAUUCUAAGCAGGGAAGUUGCUUAGAA